AUGUCCUCGACAAUCUCAACCAGCUCCGGCAGCAAGCCUGUCGACCCCUACAAGGCCAAGAGCUAUGACUUCAACGCAUCCGUCCAGGAAAAGAUUGAAGACCUCGUAAAGUUCAUCAAGGAGAUCAAAUAUGGGAUGCUCACCACAAAGGCGUCCGACAGUGAUCUCCUCUCUUCGCGAGCUAUGGCUUUAGCUGGAACCGAAAACGGUGGCAUCGACCUCAUCUUCCACACAAACCUCUUCUCCGGAAAGACGAUGGAUCUCACCGUGCACCCCACAGAAACGAACAUGUCUUUCCUCGACGUCGUAUCCGGUGGAUGGGCUUCUAUCUCCGGAACAGCGACGAUCUUAUCUGGUAAAGACAUUGUCGAGAAAUUCUACUCCCCAACUCUCAAAGCUUGGUUGGGUGACUUGGGUGAUGGUGUGCAUGACGGUGGUCCCUCCGAUCCUCGUAUCGGCGUUAUUAGAGUGGAAGCCAAGUCGGCAGUACACGUAACGCCUCGCAAAGGAAUGAUUGGUAGGGCAGUUGAAUAUGGAAAGGCCAUUUCUACAGGAGAUGUGCCUCCAAUUAACAAGCUCCGCGAAAUCAGCACGGAAGAGCUGGCCGAAUGUAAGUGUUCCCUAAUAAUAUUAGCUUCAAUAAUUGCUGAUCAUUUCAAGGGCGUCGUACUCACCACGAAUAAAUGA